GGUUGAAUUACCAAAAUAUAAAUAAAAUCAGCUGCUACUUUGUAUUUUUAUAUAUCCAUCUAAAAAUAUUUAUUGAGUUAUUUACUGUGAGGCCGUGACAAUCAUGAUGGCGGAAUGUGUAUAUGUUGCCUGUUCAACACCUGUGUGAUCAUAUUCCAACAUACUACACAGAAGAAAUACAUAAACAAUGCCUUGAUUGUUGGCUUUUAGGAAUGUCGAAUUUAUCAUUGAGAAAUAUCUUGGAUACAUGCAAGCUUACUGGACCAAACUUUCUGGACUGGGAAAGAAAUGUACGUUUAGUUCUUAGACAAGAAAAUAUUGAGUAUGUGUUCGACACACCGGUACCCAAGAUUCCUGAUGCCAACUCUCCUGAGUUUGCCACGUUUGACCUGACUGCUCGAGAGAAACACGUCACUGAUGCUAAAACUGUACAAUGUGUUAUGUUGGCUGCAAUGUCUAUGGAGUUGCAAAGGCAACACGAUAGGAUGAGCGCCUUCGAGAUGCUUGAACACUUGAAAAGUCUGUUUGAUUCGGAAAGUCAGACUCUAGAGUAUGAACUUCUGACAGACAUUUUCAAGUGUAGGCUUCAAGAGGGUGGCAACGUGUCUGAGCACGUCCUCAAAAUGAUUGGCUUAAUUGAAAGAGUUGCUAACACCGGAAUUAAGUUUGAGGAUCGUGUCUCAGCUGCUAUCAUCCUAUAUUCGCUUCCAAGUUCAUUUACUAACUUCAUUGUGAAUUAUAAUUUGAACAAAACGAAAGCGACCAUGCCUGAACUCCAUAACAUGCUCAAGUCUUAUGAAGCCUCAACCUCUAAAGGAAAGACUGUUCUUAUGGUAAGCUCUAAUGGUAAGUCUCGUUCUAAGAACAAGAAUAAGCAAAAGAAGAAAGGUAAGGUUGGACCUACUCCUACAGCUCUGAAGCCUAAAGGUGGAGGUCAUAUGAAGCCAAAGGUUGCAAAGGAUGUUUGCCUCUACUGCAAAGAGAAGGGGCAUUGGAAGAGAGAUUGUGAGUUGUAUAAGGCUAAUCUAGCCAAAGCACCGGGUGCUUCAAGCUCAGAAGCAUGAGAAGCAGUGUAGCAGUUGGACUGGGUAAAAUUGACCUACACGUGAAGAUUGGAGCAAAAGUUGCUGCUGAACGCGAUAGGAUCUUAUAGUUUAGAUUUGCCCAGUGGUUUUAGAUUAGAAUUAAAUAAUUUUUAUUUUAUUCCUUCUAUUACCAAAAGGAUUAUUUCCAUUCAUAUGUUAGACAUUAAAAGAUUUCUAUUUCCAUUUUGCUAAUAAUAAUUGUUAUUUUCAUAAAA